AUGCAGUGGAGUCUGUUGGUGUUGAUUGUGAUGGGUCAGUGUUCCUCCAUUGGGGGUCAGCUGUGUGACUACCACUUCAUUGGAAAGAAUAUGACCUGGAAAGAAGCCCAGGAUUAUUGCAGAAAGAACCACACUGACCUGGCCACAGUGUCUAACCAGACAGACAUGCAGAGACUCCUUGAAUCCACGACUGAACAGUAUCAAGGUGGAGCCUGGAUUGGGCUGCAAAACAACACAACAAACACUGUGUGUCGCUGGCGCUGGUCUCAGCCAGGGGUGGAGUUCAACGUGACUGAGAGUAAAUGGUCUCAAGGACAGCCGGAUAAUUUAGGCAAUCAGGAGAACUGUGUGAUGAUGAAUGGUGGCACAUGGCAUGACGACUCUUGUUCUACAAAAUAUAACUUUAUCUGCUAUGAAGGCCUUCUUCACCAGGAAGACGACGAAGGUGAGGAAGAGGAACCCGGCGACCGCAAUGAGGCCGGUGAGCCCUUGACGCAGCAGAGGCUCGCUAGUCCCAGUCUGAGCUAA